GUAUUGUGAAAACAAGCUUGGCAUAUGCUUAAAGCUAGAACAAGCUGUCGCCCGUAGGGCUGAGAUAAACGGGUCACCAAGUCUCUGGGGAAGCUUUUGCUUGUUCCCUCUUUGCUCAGCCAUCGUCCCUGUCGGCCCGGGGGUGGAUGAAUGUCACGUAGCAUAACGAAAGGAUGGACAAAGUGCAAUAUCGUACGCAGUCUUGGCAAAAGCCUUAGUUUCUGACUUGUUGGUAUGAUCCUGCGCGAAGUCUUUGAACCUUCUAUUCUGUUUGGCUGCUUGAUGGCGCUGAUGUCACUUUGUCAGGAUGUCGGUCGUAUGCCGGUGAAGGGCACGCACCAUGAGGAGGAGCAGCUUGAGGGCUUCGGAGUGUAUUGUCCCCUCAGCCUCGCCUGAACGAGCCACCUGACCUGUUGCAUACGAAGGUGUAGAGGUAAUAUUUUCUACCUGAGAUGGAAGAACUGAGGAUGUCUGGACGUGUAUAUAAGAAGAGGGUCUGAGGACCGUUGUUGUUGAUCCUUUUUCACUUCGAAACCAUCACCCGAUCAGAUCAACACAAGUAUAAUCAGCCUCUUCAAUAUCACUCAAUAAAUAAGUCUUUUACUUUUCUUCCCCAUAAAUCAAUUGUCAAAAUGCAGUUCACCACCGCCAUCCUCGCCCUUGCCGCCGCCGUCUCUGCGGCUCCCAACCUGUCCUCCCGCGGAGAAUGCACCUUCGGCCAGUAUGAGUGUUCCGCCGAUGGUCGGUCCAUCAUCCAAUGCGACAUCGCAGGCAACUGGAUCACCGUCGGACCUUGCCCCCAUGGUGACUACUGCGGCUACUCGGAUGAGAACGACCUCCCCUACUGCUACGGCCCCAAGAAGGAGAAGCGCGGCAACUCUCCUCCCUACUGCACCACCCCAGGCACCUACUCGUGCACGCCCGACGACAGAGGUAUCAACGUGUGCAACGCGGAGAACCAGCUGCUGUUCAACGGGGCGUGCCCGAAGGACACGCACUGCGAGCCGAUUGCUUCGGCUGGGGGUAUUCCCUUCUGUGUUGAGAACACUUACUAAAGGAGUGGCAUGAUGAGGUCGACAGAGGCGACGGGAAAGAGAAGAGACAGAGGUCAUGAGUUGAGAAAUCUGUAGGGUGGACUUUUAUCUUUUGACACAAUUCGCUACUUUCAUUAAUACACUUUUUUCUUAAUUCUUCUAA